AGUUGUUUUCAUGAAUGGAGGGGGCGGUCACGAGGAGCCAGUGACGUAAGCGCUUGCGGAAGCAGAGCGUGGAAUGUUGGUACAUUGCCCCUGUUUUGUAGAGGAUUUUUUUUUUUAAUGUAUUUUCAGUGACGAGUGCGAGGAGGAGACACCGCCGCUGCUGCUGCCGCUGCCGGAGACACGUCUGACCCAAAAACUCUGCUGUGACUAGAAGACAGACUGUGCGACGGUGACCAGGGGGAAAACUAAGUCUACUACAACAACAAGCGCCGCCGCCGCCGCCGCUGUGACUUUUUUACUUCUCCGUCUCCAUCAUUACCCUCGCUCCGGAGCUGGAAGGCAGUCCACAGAGCGUGUCUUCUGAGAGCUUCUGUCCUGUUGUCCGCAUGCAGGGAAUGACUACUCAUUUUAAAACCAGCAAAGCUUUAAAGGUCAAGAAGGAGGUGGUGGAAAAUGCCCCUGCCCUCAGCGAUGACGAGCUGGUGGCCAUGUCAGUACGGGAGCUCAACCAGCACCUGCGGGGGCUGACCAAAGAGGACGUGGUGCGGUUGAAGCAGAGGCGACGGACCCUGAAGAACCGAGGCUACGCCGCCAGCUGCCGCAUCAAACGUGUGACCCAGAAGGAGGAGCUGGAAAGACAAAAGAUUGAGCUGCAGCACGAGGUGGACAAGCUGGCACGGGAGAACGCCAGCAUGAGACUGGAGUUGGAUGCCUUACGGGCCAAGUACGAGGCUCUUCAGUGUUUCGCCCGGACUGUCACCCGUGGACCCCUCCCGCCGGGCAAAGUGGCGACCACCAGUGUGAUCACCAUCGUCAAGUCCAAUUCCAGCCCCACCCCGUUUUCAGCCCCGUCCUAGUGUUGACAGGACUGGGCUCCGAUGCUCCUGCCUGGUCCUGACCCUGCCAGACCCUGUUCAUCCUAUACUGAGAAGACGCUCAGUAGUCAGACUGAGGGAUGGGAUGGGGGAGGCGAGCUCUAUGUGAUGUAACUUGGAUUUCAUAACUGCAUCUGGCUUCUUUCUGUCUGAUUCACACAACCUACACUGUCUGUGCACUGUGCAAAUCCACGCCCCGCACUCUCAGCACCGGCGAGCCUUUGUGACCCACUGGCCCGACUGAGAGCAGACAUUCGCUUUUACUUAGGUGUGAAACAAAAUAGGAGUUUGCAAUGCCUUAAUGUGGCAGUACUAGCCUACUAAUCACUAGAGAGUUCAGAUGGGAAACAAUGUGACAGCAAAGUUAAAUUACAGUGGGAAGAGAAGAGUCUUUAUAGAGGAGAUAAAGGCCGACAGAUACAGCAGGUGGCGCUGGGCCAAGUCAAGACAAGCGUUUGUGUAUUGGAUUCUGAUAGUUCAUACAGCCUUCGUCCGAUUUUUGUUUUUCAUAGAUAUUGCGUUGGACUUCAAACCAAGCUGAACAUAGACUUGAACCCUAGAGACCCUACGAAAAAAAGUCCCCUGUUGUCAAACAGACCGGUGUUAACCUACUGGUCCGCAGCAGUGAAACCGUAGACCUGACAUCUAAGACGUUCAGAAGUAGUAAGUGAACUGGAUAAGAGGCCUAUCAUCCCAGAGGUUGUUCGGCCUCUAGGGGAGGGCUGAAUACUUGAAGAAUGAGUUGUUAUGAUAGACAAUACAGUACAGGUCACCCACACCCUGACCCUGUUACAGGAUGUUAGUCAAACCGGAGUAUUCAGCUCUUAGAAGCAGAAACUAUCAUUGAAACCUUAGCCCAGUUCAGUAGCCUCCUCAAACAAACCCUCAAGAUGAAACCUGGAUGACGGAGAACCUUCACAGACACUUUUUUGAUCUCUUCUAUCUUGAUUACUCAGUGCUCAGUCAUGAUGUGCAGUUAUUUCUCCGCGGGGGAUGGAAGUAUCAUUUUUAAAUGACUUUGAUGCAGAGUAAAAAAUAUCCCCACACUCCUUAAUAACAGGCCCUUGCCGUGCCUUUUACGUACGUACUAGCAAGUUCCCCUCAGACUAGCUCUAGUCCAGGGGUCACCAACCGUUUUGAAACUGAGAGUUAGUCAUACAAAGAGCUACUUGUUUGAUACAGACUCUCCCGAACAGUGUAAUAAUAAUAAUUAGUUCCGGGACAUAGAAUAGUAGACACUCUUCUUACCAUCGUCACUGAAAGUGGAACUGAUUCAAAAAGCACAGUAACAGUACAAUUUUUGACUUUGAAUUGAAUUUUUUUAGGAAACUAUUGUACGAUUCAUGAUACGGUCUUUUUACACAUAGCACUUAAUGGGAAAACUGUCAAAAAUGCAGUAUAAAAGAAAAACCAAAAUGGCAACAGACAGAAGCUCUUUGUGAAGUAACCAGGACUUGCUGUACGUGCACAAUGAUCACAGGUGGUGUGACCACUCACUCUCUCACUGCAAAGUCACACCCCGGGUGUAACUGAGGAUGGUUCUGCUGCAGCACUUACUGGCUGACGUGUUUCCUUGACAUGCCACUCUUUGAUAGAUAAUCCAUAUUGGAUACAGUGUGACGAGGGCGGUCCUUACGAGUGAAUUGCGAAUCGGCUGAAUUUCCUGUAUAUUACAGACCAUGCGAGACGACAAAAGCUCCCACCGCCUCCUGUUUUUUUUGUUUUAACUCCGUCCACACAGAGAAAGACAAUCAUUCCUACUGCUCUCUCACCAGACGUGCCUCUGCCGGUGUCGGUCACUUUGAAACAGUAGCCGUUUUCACCUUUGCUUUUGACACACUCUUUGCAAGAGAACUCCUGACGACCUAUCUCUACACGCAAAAGCCCAACAAAGACGGUGGCGCCGUCACUACACACACUUCCUUCUGUUGUCUUCGUCUAUCUCCUCGGAGAUAUUUGAAUAUAAUAUUCACUUGAAAUUCUAAGUCGUUCUUACCGAGGAUCCAUUCCUUAUUUUGGGAGUGAAGUUUUUUGGAGAUUGUUAAAUGUCAGGAUUUUCUCUUGGCUAAGAGGACAUGACUGUUCCGCCCCCCGACCCCUCACCUCCCGUUCCAUAGCUGCAACAGAACAGUUUGGGGAACUUGCUGCUGUACAACCUGCUGUGAUUUUUAUGGCGGGGGCAUUGCUGUGUUCUAACUCUAACAUUUUGUAUAUUUUCACCUGGUUUCUAUGUAGAUAUACAACUAAUGUCCUCUUUCCGAUACCUAGUUUUCUAUGCAUAUACAGUAUAUAGAAUUUAUAAAUAUUUAAAUACAUAUAUAUAUAUAUUACAUAUUUUUCUAUAUUUAUGUCUUUUGCUAUCUUGGGAGUGGUGUGACUAUGUAAUCUUUAGACGUCGAAUCAUUUUGAAUUUUUCUUUCUUUUUUUUUUUUGUUUCCAAAAAGUCAUAAUGUUACAAUUAGGAAUACUGAUCCAUCCACAGGACACAAGACAUCUGAUUGGAUGUAAGGACAAUAUGCAGAUUGAGCUAGAAAAAUACUUGACAGGCCUGAUGUAAAUUCAUAUGAAGACUCUAAUACCAUUGUUAUUACACACACAAACAUAUAUGUAUGCAUGUGUAUUUGUAUACAUGUAUGUGUAUAUAUAUUUGAUAAAGUAUAUAAAUAUAUAUACACAUGCAUACAUUUAUAAACAUACAGUAUCUAUAUACUAUGUCAUAACACACAUAUAUGCAUAUAUAUACAUACAUAUAUAUUUGUAUGUAUGUUCAUACAUACAAUGUCUGUGUUUGUCUAAAAAAGACUCAAUUUGAAUCCAUGGCUCAAAAAAAAAAAAAAAAAAAUGCGGCCUACAUCCAUGUUUUUGUCCGUACCGAUGGUCACAGUACUCCUACAUACAGCCAUAAAGAGAAACCCAUUUGUAUAACUUAUACCUUCUUGUGUGUAUUUAUAGCCCAUGAAGUUGAAUCCACACAGAUACGAUCUCACACCAGCGGAUGUUUGAGUUUGACUGCUAUUUCACCUUGUAAGAAAAUAGCACAUUGUUCUGUUUCUUUUUUUUUUAAAAUAGUAACUUAAAAUAGACAAAUAAUGCGUAUAAAAUACAAACGUUGGUAUAAUAUUCACCGUGGACUCUCAUGCGCAGCUUGUGUGCCAACUUCGAGACGACCUUUGCCGUCGGUAAUGCUUUUGUGACUGCUCACGGACCUUAGCUGACAGAAAGUCCGAAGCUGCUGUAGGCAAGUCACGUGACUCAGUGGAACAUGUUUACAUAAAUGCCAGAGACGUACACCAAAAUAUGAUUUGUACAUGACGAGACUGCCCUAAGCUAGUUAGCGACGGUCACAACAGAACAAAAACCUUCUUAGCUUAAGCUUUACAACAAUGCCUUUGAGGCUCUAGCUUAUUCCUUGAUCAGCUUUGGACGUGUCAGGAUCACAGGUGGACGCUACGUUUAGUGACGUCACUACUUGAAUUGAGAUUAAAGUAGUGUGUACAAGUAGUAUACUGCAAUCAAAGACAACCCUACCUACAGGCGAAACGAGUACUUUUUCUGUGAUCUGCUAAUACCUUAAACAGUGGUUCUUCAAUGAUCAAAUCUAGAGAAUACUUCAUGGCAGCAGCGUUACCGGAUCUUAAAUGUUGACGUAUUGUACCAGGUUUACUACAGUUUUCCCCAUAGCACAUGUACUCUUUAUUACUUUAGUGUGUCAUUUUGUGCCAAGUUGUACAUCCCCACGUGAUUUUGGAAUUUUCUUUCAUAUUUGUACACCAUAGUGAUACUACUAAUUAUUGUAAUUUAAGCCAAUCUUGCCAUAACAUUUACUGCUUAGUGCAGAAAUAUUAGAAAGGUAACAAAAAAAAAAUGAAGGAAAAAA